ACUUCCGACAAGGGCGAGGAUGAACGACUCCUCUAUGGCCUCUCUGCCAUGCAGGGAUGGCGCAUCAGCAUGGAGGACGCACACUCUGCCAUCCUCGACCUGACCGCAGAGGUCCCCCAAGACCCCAAGACGCACCCCGACAGGCUCUCCUUCUUCGGUGUCUAUGACGGACACGGCGGCGACAAGGUUGCCCUAUUUGCCGGCGAGAACAUACAGAGCAUCAUUGCCAAGCAGGACACCUUCAGAAAUGGCGACUACAGCCAGGGCCUAAAGGAUGGCUUCCUCGCCACCGACCGUGCCAUCCUCAGCGAUCCCAAAUACGAGGAAGAAGUAUCGGGCUGCACUGCUUGCGUCGGCCUGAUUGCCGGAAAGAAGAUUUACCUGGCCAACGCUGGUGAUUCGCGAGCUGUCCUUGGCAUCAAGGGUCGCGCCAAGCCUCUCUCCCAAGACCACAAGCCUCAGCUUGAGACGGAGAAGAACCGCAUCACUGCCGCUGGUGGAUUCGUAGAUUUCGGCCGCGUCAACGGAAACCUCGCUCUAUCCCGCGCUAUUGGCGACUUUGAGUUCAAGAAGAGUGCCGAGCUGUCGCCCGAGAACCAGAUCGUCACUGCCUCGCCCGACGUCGAGGUCCACGACCUCACCGACGAGGAUGAGUUCCUGGUCAUUGCAUGCGAUGGUAUCUGGGACUGCCAGUCUUCCCAAGCCGUCGUCGAAUUCGUCCGGAGGGGCAUCGCCGCCAAGCAGGACCUGGACAAAAUCUGCGAGAAUAUGAUGGAUAAUUGCUUGGCUUCUAACUCGGAGACGGGCGGCGUCGGAUGCGACAACAUGACCAUGCUCAUCAUCGCCUUUCUCAACGGCAGGACAAAGGAGGAGUGGUACGAGGAGGUGGCCAAGAGGGUCGCCAACGGAGACGGACCCUGCGCUCCCCCGGAAUACGCCGAGUUUCGUGGUCCCGGAGUCCACCACAACUACGAAGACAGCGACAGCGGUUACGAGGUGGAUGCGGAUAGCAAGGGCAAGAGCUUUGGCGUCGGUGGGUACCGAGGUCGCAUCAUCUUCCUCGGCGAUGGCACGGAGGUUCUUACCGAUUCAGAUGAUACGGAAAUGUUCGACAACGCCGACGAGGACAAGGACCUAGAGUCCCAGGUCUCGAAGAACACGACGACGACGGCAACGGCCGGCGAUGAACAAUCAACAAAGGACGCGAGCAACGAGACGACUGCGACGACGACGACGACGACGACGACGACGACGACGACGGAAUCCCCCACCGAGGCUGCUACUGCCGCACCCGACACGAGCAAAGGUGAGGGAUCUAAGGGUGGAGAGGAGGGCACCAAGGCGGACGAGAGCAAGACAAAGGAGGAGCAAACCAGGAACAAGACCCCGCAGGACGGCAAGGAGAACUAG